GUUACAGGAGGAUUUUUAGCUGCUAAACUUCUUCAUGAAAACACUUUGAUGCUUUAAAUCUUUUCUACUCAAGUGCAGUUACAUGUUAAACUUCUGGAAGUUAUUUGAUAUUUUGGGAUAUAUUGUUUUCACGGUUUUAAACCUGAUGGAAUUUAAGUGCAACUGCAACUUUUCGGGUUAUGAUGGACGACAGUAACGGUUAAAACAGACAAUCCUGUUUGCGCUUUGAGAGUUUCACCUUAAAAUCUUUAGUUUUUUGAUAGAAUGUCAUAUUUGACUGGUCAAGUGAGCACUGAGUCUUCAGUGAGGAUGACUCCAGACUGCGUGGACUCCAUCCAGCCCGACGCCCAAAGCGACACGAGGCCCCGGGUGAUGGGUUCGAUCCUGAGCUUCGCCGCUUGCCUCAUCAUCUCCACCAACCUGCUGGUGGCGGUCGCUCUGCUGAAGCUGCUCCUGAAGAAGAACAGCCAGAGCUGGUGCUUCGUCCUCAACUUGGCACUGGCCGACGCCCUGGUGGGUGUGGCCAUCACCGGCCUGGCCACAGAGGACUUCAACAGCGACAAAGUCCCUCAGGGCCGACACAGCCACGUCCCUGCUGCCCCGCCCACCAACGCCACGCCUCCUGCUCAGGGUAGGACCCGCUGUUUGAUGCGGAUGGCGUUUGUGAUGUCGCCCUGCACAGCUUCCAUCAUGUCCAUGUUCCUGAUCUCACUGGACCGGUACGCAGCCAUCAAGAGGCCGCUGCGGUACUCCCUGCUGUCGGGGAGGGGGACGGCGGUCGGGUCCUUGCUGACUCUGUGGAUCAGCUCCUUCACUGUGGGAUUCUCGCCAGUCAUGGUGCGGCAGCUACAGGCCGAGGGCUACAACGGCUUCUGUGCCUUCUUCUCCGUCAUUCAUGAGGUGGGUGUGAUCGUCUUGUUCAGCGUGUGCUUCUUCCCCAUCCUCUCCAUGUUCAUCUACAUCUACCUGGACAUCCUGAAGAUCGCCUGCAGCCACCAGAAGCAGAUCUUCCAGGUCAGACAAGCGGGCUCCCGGACGACCGACCACGGCCACGGCCACGGCCAUCAACAUCCUCAGCAUCAUCAGCAGCUGAGAAGUGGCUACUGGACUCACGUCAAGGCCCUGCGGACGGUGGCAUUGCUCGUUGGCUGCUUCUCGGUGCUCUGGUGCCCCUUCUUCGUGGUGUGCAUCGUUCAUAUUCUGUGUCAAAGCUGUGAGCUCACCGAAGUGUUGGAGAAUCAUCUGUGGCUCCUGGGACUGACCAACUCACUGAUCAACCCCCUGGUGUACGCCUUCUGGCAGAGGGAGGUGCGGCUGCAGUUGACCGCCAUGUUUUCCUGCUUUAAGGGCAGGUCGCUGGCUGCCGGACCUCCAGGAAUCGCAGGAAGACACGACUCUCAGGCAGCUGUGCCGACUCAAGCCUAUGUCUGUGGUGGAGAUACGGUAAACCCCAUUCUGCUGCGGCAAAUUACCCGCAACAAUGAGGCUCACGCUUCGGCACGAUCUGCCACGACCAGUUUAUAA